AUGAACCCUGUACUUUUGUCUAAAGUGAAGGCAAUCAAUUCCCGUAUGGACUACACGGUAUCCAACAUCAAACGUGACACCGUAGCCGAUGUUGCCUACGACCUGUUCACGUCUUCGACACCAAGAGGGAAGAAAGAGAACGAGAUCAUGAUUUGGCUGGCCGCCAUCGGCGGUGCUUUGCCUAUAGGGGCUAACAGGGAUUACAGCGAUCAUCGCAGGCCAGCACAGGUGAGCGCCUUCCGUGGUUACCUCAUGGAGUUCUUUCACUACGUCAAGCUCAAUACCAAUCAAUACCUCAUUAAGGUGGAAUGUGGUACGGAGCCCUUCGUUGGCACAUAUGUGACUCUGAAGGUAUCACACUACUCGGCCGCGAUCGUGACGGCUUAG